AUGAGGUCGGUAAAUAAGAGUCUUUUUCUUAUCACGCUUGAGAUGGAGGAAAAGAGGCAAGAAAACUACAGUUUAUCACUGAUUGUGAAGGAGAAAGACAUCGAGUACCAGGCACGAAGAAUGCUUUUGCUGCGUCGUUUGUUGCUGAGUUAUCCAUUCAAAAAGUCUCUGCUGUUUGACGAAUGUUGCCUGGAUAUUCCUCCACUGUACAGAGCUCAUCUGUGGAGUGCCUUACUGAAUGGUCAUCGCCGUAGUGAAGAGCGUUUCAUCUCGGUGGAUACACUUUCUCCGCAUCUCUCUGAUCGCCAGUUGUUGUAUGAUGAGCUGAUGAUAUCGCCGGCUGCACACCUCAAACUUAAACGUCUUUUAAAAGCUUGGCUUCUCCUGCACAAAGAUUAUGUCUAUUGGCAGGGCCUGGACUCCCUCACCGCACCCUUUCUUGUCCUCAACUUCGACCGCUUGGCACGCGCAUAUUCUUGCUUGGAGUCGUUUAUUAGCCUUUAUCUGCAAGAUUUCUUCCUGAAAGAUAACUCAUCCGUCAUACAAGAGCUUGAUAAUUUGAUUGCCGAACAGGUUUCUGAUGUGGAGUUUGUAAAGCUGUAUAAGCCGGUUUGUGGAUGUGUGCAAAAUAUAAUAUUUGUUCGUUUCAGCAAAGAAUACCUUAUUUGA